AUGAAAAACAAUAUUACACCACUCCUGGUGUUCUUCUUUGCUUUCUUUGUCUUUGCCAUUGAUUUGCCCAUGUGUGUUGAUGUCAAGACAAUUAAAGUUCAGUUAGACAAAUCACACACGGUUGUCCCAAAACUGCUUUCCAAAGUCUACCCAAAUUUAUCUCUGACUUUUACUUCCUCAGACGAAAAAGUUGCCACAAUUGAUUCCAAAGGUCUUAUCAUCCCAAAAGUUGUUGGUAAGACUGAGAUCAGAAUAUUUAUCCCUGGACAUCCUUUAUAUGAAGCAACUAUAGUUGAGAUAUACGAGCAAAUUGCAACUGAAAGCUUGAUUCUUCAGAGUGAGACUACUUCCAUCAAAGUUGGACAGAACAUUCAAUUGACUGUAUUCUCCGAGCCGGCCCACAAGAAGUUGAGUACCUCAGAAGUCAUUUGUUCGUUCUCAAAUACUUCGGUUUUGACUAUUUCAAAUGGAGUUAUGACUGGUGUUAAUGAAGGGACAUCGACUUUGACUUGUUCAUACACUGAAAAUGGAAAGGUCAUAACGCAGACCAAAGACUUUAUGGUGUACACAGUUAUCGCCACGGAUGCCAUUGUUAUAGAGUCCGAGUCUGAAGGCGUUAAAGUAGGUCAGAUCAUUACUGUAAAGGUAUAUGCCAACCCUGGACAUCGCCCUUUGACAAAUGCAGAAGUCACUUAUUCGUCGUCGAAUGAUAACAUCUUCACUGUGUCUAAUGAAGGAAAGGUCAAUGGAAUUUCAGCUGGUUCUGCAAAUGUUAGAGUCAGUUAUACAGAAAACGGAAACACAUUCAGUGCAGAAAAGACGUUCGUUGUUUCAAUAGCGGAAGUUGUGACAGACUCUAUUACUCUCGAAAGCGACUCAACUAGUAUUAAAGUGGGAGAAUCCGCGGUAUUAAGAGUAUACGCAAACCCCAAUAAAAGAAUUUUAAGUUCAAAUCAAGUCUCCUACAGUUCAAAUCAUCCAGAUAUAUUGAACGUAAAUGGUGAAGGAAAAGUUACUGGAGUUAAAGAUGGGUCUGCGACUAUUAGUGUGAGUUAUACAGAAAACGGAAAGGUAUUCAGAACUACACUUAUAUUCGCAGUGUACACAGAAAUUGUUACAACAAGAAUUGGUAUUGAGGCGACAGUCACUGAUGUUAAAGUAGACGACACAGUAUACAUCAACGUGUAUGCUUACCCAGCUAGCAGCUCUUAUCAAGUGAAGGAAGGUACAACAACAGUGAAGUGCACAUACACUGAGAAGGGUGUGACUUUUGAAGACUCAAAAACUUUUAAUGUGUUCAUUGAAUCACUUAAACUUGAUACAGACCAAGACACCAUUCAAGAAGGUCAAUCAAUGGCAUUAAGAGUCUUUUUGAUGCCAUCUAAAACACAACUUUCAUCGAGUGAAGUUCUGUUGUCUUCUUCCAAUGUAACAGCCUUAAAAACUGGAAACGAUUUAACUGUCACUGGAGUAUUUGCUGGUACAGCAACAGUGACAUGUACACACUUGACUAAGAAUAUAGUUGUUACAAAGGUAUUUACUAUUACUGAAGACCCGACUAUAAGAAUAACAUUUGAAGCUGCAAAUACUACAAUGCAAAUUUAUGAUGAAAUGCCGUUGACAGCCUAUUUAGAACCAGGUCAUCAAUUAAUUAGUGAAGAAGAUAAGAAUCUUUAUUACACGUCUGAAGAGUCGGACAUCCUCAAAGUGUCUGAAAGAAAAUUACUUGCAAGAGGGGAAGGUAGUACUCUUAUUACUGCAGUGUAUGACAAGAAUUACGGUCAAAUUCAUGUCACUUCGGGUCAGAUAUUCACUGUCUUCCACGGAACUAUACACGUUAAAAGUGUUACUUUUGCUUUUAAAAACAUUACAAUAGUGAAAGGAAAACCAUUCAGUUUCCAAGUCCAUGUCAAUCCUCCAUUGGCUAAUAACAAAAUAGUAACUGUAACUUCAUCGGCCGAUGGAUUUUACCCAAAUAAAAACACUGGAAUUCAGGCUGAAAAUAUAUAUACGAUUACUCCCACUAUUUCAGGUAAAACAACUAUCACUGCAGUCUCUGAUGAAGACUCUACACUCACUGCUUCUUUCGAAUUAACAGUUCAAGAGACUUCGACUCGUGGAGGUGGAUUUUUAGCAGAUGGAAUUACUAUAGAGAGUGGAUGGUUUGAUUGUAAUAAGGAAUGGGAAGGAAGAGAUGAUGUGACUGUUCUUAAUUAUACUACCCCUUAUAUGAGUAAAGACAGUACUUUGUGUUGGGCUGCAACAACUGCAAAUCUGAUUGAUUGGUUCCAAAAAUCGAUUGGCUGGUCUAAUGUUCCCAAAGAUACGCCAUAUGGUCCUACUAAGUGGCCCAAUGGAACUGAUAAAGCGAAUGAUAACACGGCUUAUUCACAAAGUC